ACAACGAUGGAGCAUGCAUUUUAUACUACUACUGUACUAGAGCUCAAUGCCUCGUCUCAUGCAUUUGCAUGCAGACAUUCAUCCUCAUUGAUCUAUGAGAGAUUGAAGCAGAAAAUUAGGAUCGAAGAAGGAUGGGAGGGUUCACGCCGCCGAUCCCGCAGGACGACAGCGACUGGGAGAUCCGGGUGGCGGUGCUGCUGAGCCUCCUCCUCCAGGUGUUCCUCAUCUUCUUUGGCCCCGUCCGCAAGCGCUCCUCCAACCCGGCCACCCGCUUCCUCGUCUGGUCCUGCUACCUCCUCGCCGACUGGGUCGCCGACCUCGCCCUCGGCCUCCUCCUCAACAACAUGGGCAACAUCGGCGGCUCCCACUCCUCCUCCUCUUCCUCCUCCAGCUCCGGCAACUCCACCUCCACCUUCACCACCAUGCACGUCACCGGGAAGCGCGGUGGCAAUCUCCCCCCGAGCUCCAGCACCGACAGCGGCAGCAGCAGCCCCAUCAUCUUCGCCUUCUGGACCCCCUUCCUCCUCCUUCACCUCGGCGGCCCCGACACCAUCACCGCCUACUCGCUCGAGGACAACGAGCUCUGGCUCCGCCACCUCAUCGGCCUCCUCUUCGAGCUCUUCUCCGCCUCCGUCAUCUUCUUCUGCUCCCUCAAGGGGAACACCAUGAUCCCGGCCACCGUCGUCAUGUUCGUCGUCGGGAUACUCAAGUACGGCGAGCGCACCUACUCGCUCUACUCCGGCAGCGUCGACGGCUUCCGGGAGAAGAUCCUCGACGACCCCGACCCCGGGCCUAACUACGCCAAGCUCAUGACCGAGUUCGACGCCAAGGAGAAGGCCGGCCUGUCCGUCCAGAUCGUCAUCACCGGCAAUGACAAGGACGCCAAGCAAGCCCUCACCGCGCUCGAGGAAGAUGAGACCAACCGCCUCGUCAUGAAUACAAACAAGUCGCCCGAGGCGCAGGCGUUCGACUUCUUCCGCAUAUUUCGUAGGCUCUUCGUCAACCUCAUCCUAAGCGACAAGGAGCGCAAGACCAGUCAGGCCUACUUCCUCUUACGCGACGACAUCAAAUUCACCGAUGCCUUCCAGGUCAUCGAGAUCGAGCUCAACUUCAUCUAUGACAUGGUGUACACAAAGGCCCCGGUGGCGCAUAGCAGGUUCGGGCUCGGCUACGUGCUCCGCUUCAUCGGCUCUGCGUGCAUCGUCUCGGCGCUCCUCAUCUUCUUUUUCCAUGGCAAGGAUGGCUUCCUACACAUCGACGUCGCCAUCACGUAUGCCCUGCUCAUCGGCGGCGUGGCGCUUGAUGCCGCCGCGCUUGCCAUGCUUCUGUCAUCGCACAGGAUGCUUGUAUCCCUCGAGAAGAUACGGAGGCUGGCUUGGCUGGCCCGGGCCAUCCGAUCGACUCGGCCGCAGCUCCGGCGAUGGUCUGGGAGGACCUCACAGCUGAACCUUGUCAGCUGCUGCUUGGGGAAGCCGGACCCUUAUAGGAAGGGCGGUAUGUUCCGCCGCUACGGAAGCCCCAAGGUGAUCCGGGCGCUGACCAAGGUCGCCGAGAAGCUGCACGUCAGGGAGGUGUUCGACGACUUCUUCUUCAUCCGCCGUGAGAGCCUCUGCUCCAGGGAGGGGGGUGAGAAGAACCCCCACCUUGAAUUCAUUUUCGAGGGGCUCAAGAAGAGGGCCAUGGAAGCCAAGAGCAAGCGUUACAACAAAAUGAAGGAGACGUGCAGCUCUCGCGGCAAGGGAGUCCUCGAGGGGCAUCGUAAGGAGAUCGAGGAGAGGCUUAUGGAAAUGACACAACAAACCCGCGAGGGCAAGGACGACAAGGUCAUCAAAGAAAAGUUUGAAGAAAAGCUCGCCAUCCUCAUGGACAGCGUCGAUGCGGAUAAGGAGUUCGACGAGUCCCUGCUGCUGUGGCACAUCGCCACAGACCUAUGCGGCCACACGCUAAACGAGAAAACCGUGCUGAACGAGGAUACGGAGAAAAACAUAAAGCCGAUCGGCGAGACCUUGUCAGAGUACAUGUUGUACCUGCUGAUCAAGCAGCCGGAGAUGUUGUCGGCGACGGCGGGCAUUGGGCUACUCCGGUAUCGGGACACAUGCGCGGAGGCGAAGCGGUUCUUCGAGUCGGCAGCGGCGUAUGACCCUAACCACGACGACGCGCGGAGGAUGCUGCUGAAGGUGAACACGACAAAGAAGCCAUCGGAGGUGAAGGGGGACCGGUGCAAGUCCGUGCUGUUCGACGCUGUCAUCCUCGCCAAGGUGCUGAGGGAGCUGGAUGCGCAGCUGAUGUGGAAGGUGGUGGCCAACGUGUGGGCAGAGAUGCUCACGUAUGCGGCGGGCAAGUGCCGGGGGAGCACGCACGUCCGGCAGCUCAGCCGCGGCGGCGAGCUCAUCACCUUGGUGUGGUUCCUCAUGGCGCACAUGGGGCUCGGCGACAUGUACCAGAUCCAUGCCGGAGACGCCAAGGCCAAGCUCAUCGUCCGCGACCAGUAGCCAUAUUGCUCAAUUUAAUUUCUCGACUAAUUAAUUUCUGUCAUUUUAUGCUUACUACUUGAUUUUUGUUUCUCCGGUCAAUUAUCGGUUGAUAUGUGUUGUUUCUGUUUUUGUAAUGUUAUCUCACUUUAAAAUUGUUUCACUGGCUUCCUGCCCAUUAGAUUGAAGGAGAGUAAAACUGCCUAACUUCUCUGGCAUACGAGAUAUAUGUAUGGCUUGUCAUCUACGGAGAAUUAAGUC